GACAAUCAUGUUUGGCGACUUUCCUAUCGAGAAUAAAAUCGUCUUAGUGACUGGCGGCGGAUCCGGGAUUGGCCUGCAGCUUACCCGGCUGGCGUCCGCCAACGGCGCCAAAGUCAUUGUCGCCGAUCUGCAACUCACCCCGGAAGCCCAGCAGCUUGUUGAGAACACCGACACCGUCGUUUUCCAGCGCUGUGAUGUGCGUAUCUGGGCGGAUUUGGAGGCCUUGAUUCAACUAUCGCGCGACAAAUGGAACGAUGUCCCAGAUGUCUAUGUUGCGUCGGCAGGGAUCUUUGAGCCCAAAUGGGCCAGUUUCUGGCAAGACACCGAAACAACCCGCUACGCCACCGUCGACAUCAACGUCAACCACCCGAUUAAACUCACCCGUCUCGCCAUCCGCGCUCUCCUAGAAACGAACAAAAAAGGCGUCGUCUGUCUCGUAUCCUCCAUCGCAGCCUUUGGUAGCUCCCUCGCCAGCCCGGUGUAUGCAGCAUCCAAACACGCCCUCUGGGGCUUCGUCAAGUCCAUGGCCCCGCUGGAUGCGUUAGAGGGCGUGAAAGUUACUUCCAUUUGCCCUGGCCUCGUCCCCACCCCCCUCUGGAACACCCUCCCCGAAUUCCGCACCCAAUACUCCGUCGACCAAAUGGACCACGUCUCGGCGGAAGAAGUCGCCGAAUGCAUGCUCUCUCUCAUACAGGAAGGGAAAUAUCCCGGUGGCGCGGUCAUGGAAAUUACCACCCCCGGACCGAAUGGUCGACGCAUCAUCCCGCCGUGGAAUGUCUCCCCGACGCAGAUGUAUGCCUCGCGGGCGCGAUCGGAGGAGUUGGUGAGGAAUUUGAUCGGGCCGGUGAGGGAGGUGUUGAAGAAAGAGAGGAAGGCGAAGGCGAAGUUGUAAUCUCAAUGACGUAUUCUAUCUCGAUAUUGAUGUGAAUUGGAUUAGGUUGU